AUGACGCCGGAUCAUCGGUCGAUCAGCGCUUCUCUUCCUCUUCUUCUUCUUCCACUGCUCUGUUUUCCUGCAUACAAUUCCUACAACUUCUCUACUCUUCUUCCCGGCCGCGAGCUCACAACAGCGCAUCUCCCUCUCGCUGCAUGCGCCCCGCGUGCGCGCGCGCCCCUACGGACGCCGCAGUGCCCGGGACCCGCGCCGCACGAGAACCCCGAUCGGGAGACCCCAACCCUGCACCUGAUCCUGCUCGGGAGCAGAUCGCGGUGGUCUCCCGAGCCGGCGUCUGUCCUCGUCCUCGUCCGCGAGCGCCGGCUCCGGCCCAGCGACCCCGGUCACCUUCUUACUUUCUUCGCGGCCACCUCAGCGUAUUCCUGCUGA